GUCACAUUAAGCUCGUCUGAUGACCGGCUUCGCAUUCUUCCUAAUGGCCAGGAGAAAGCUGUCGUUCACCAAGUAGCUGAGGCGCUGGCUGAGGAUAUCAAGCAACGAACUGCCAAAACUCCAUCUUAUCUGAUAGAGCUGGCCCAGCCUAGCUCGUCCAAUCUAGCCAGAACCACACCGCUGUCAACGAUGGCUCUUCGGCCCGCCCAGGCUGAUGGUGCAGCAACCGGUGGUGGCGUGAACCGUGCGCUAGGGCAACAUGGUUUACGCCUACCGUCCGUAGCUCUUAUGAUGGGAGCAGACGACCCAGAGGUGUUCUGGCACAUAAUCUUGAUGGGCGUAGCUGAGAUCCGCGUGGAGACCAUGUUCGUCAACGACGAAGAUGUUGGCCCACCUUUUCUCGUGCCCUUGGUCUGCUUCCUCAUUCUGGCGAUCGGAGUGCUCUGUAUCAUCUUCAUUGUCGUCUUCUACCAACGCAAGAGACGUGAACUCAUCAUUAAAUACGCUCCCAUCCUGGUCACCGCCAACAACCAACUGCCUCCGCCGACCUCCUCAAACCCCAUUGACCAGCACGCCUUACUCUCGCUGCCCACGAAACCAUGUGGAGAGACGGCCCUCUCUAGCGGUCUCAUGAAGGCCAGAGAAGCUGUUACAACAGACGCUAGACUCGGACACGCCAGCCUGCCUGGCUGGCCUCAGACAAUACCAACAGCCCCGGCUCCAACCUCACCGAUAGCCCUGGGUUCCAGCCCCUGUAGAGUCCAGAAACAGCAGCACCCGACUUACCUGCAAGCAAGCUUGCAGCUGCUCCACAAUCACAACCAUCACCACCGGAACCACCAUCAACAACAUCUCCAGCACUUGCACCAGCCAGACCCACAACAGACAGCGCUCACUAUGGCCGGUGGAACGACACAGAAAUGUCGAUCUGCGUAUCCAUAUCCACUUCAAGGCAUGGCUCUUCAGGCUCAGCAGUAUCAUCACCAAUAA